AUGGAGGAAUAUGCAAGAGAACCUUGUCCGUAUCGAAUCAUCGAUGAUUGCGGUGGAGCGUUUUCCAUGGGUUGCAUCGGUGGAGGAGUAUUUUCCCUUGUUAAAGGCUAUCGCAAUUCCCCUCCGGGCAAGAGAUUAGUUGGAAGCAUUACCGCUAUUAAAACUAGAGCGCCUGUUUUAGGAGGAAAUUUUGCUGUAUGGGGUGGACUUUUUUCAACCUUUGAUUGCUGUCUAAUUAAACUACGCAAUAAAGAAGAUCCUUGGAAUUCUAUCGGUAGUGGAGCCUUAACUGGAGCUGUACUGGCUGCCAGAGGUGGUUUAUCAUCGUCGCUACGAUCGGCUGCAGUAGGUGGUAUCUUACUGGCUUUAAUUGAAGGUGUUGGCAUUGCCAUUACAAGAAUGACUGCAGAACAGUUCAAACCAGGUUGGACUACAGUAUCUUGA